AUGUCUCGGCCAUUAUCUCAAAAAAUAUACUCCGACGUCUUUGCGCGCUGGCCAAAGCAGGCCCUGCGUCCCGAUCACCAACUCCAAGAUGUCCUAGGCAAGGCCGUUACCGAGCGAUUCCAAAACUACAAGCCAUCCAUGGAGCGCGAAGAGCUUCUCAAGGCGAGGGCGCUGCAGUUCCUGGCCCAGGACCGAUACAACGAUCGAUUCAAGCUCAAGGGUCGAUUGCUAGAACCAAAGAGUCAGCCUACAUACUUCGCUGAUCUAAUAAGGGAAAUCGAUGAGGCGCCCAACAGGUCAUGGUUGGAGCGACUGGGCAAGAGAUUGUCGGGUAUGAUUCGAUUCCAGUAA